CAGGUUGAUCGGAGGCCAUGGGACGCAAGUAUCAAAAGCUGAAGAAAGAGACAAGCAGAAAGCAAAAGCCACCCAACACAACUCUGAAACAUGCCAUGAGUGCCUUGUUGCCACAUUUCUGCAUCACAUUCCUGUGGAGCCAACCUGACGAAUUUAGACCUGCCAAGUUUUUCUUGGGAGCUGGACUUGGAUGUUUAUUUGCCGUGGCACUGUCCUACCUCUUGAUUUUUCCAAUGACCAUCACUGAAGACCGCAAGAUUGAGUUGAUGGGAGGCAUGGCAGGCGUAGCUGCCUUGGGCUGGGGGAUCUCCCCACACUUCCGUUGUGCCACCCUCUUGGUUGUUCCCAAGUUCCUGGGGAAAGAAGGACGGAUUUACAUUCUUACCUAUGUGCUGACGGCUAUCUAUGAUGGCCCUGUGGCAAACAUCCGGCACAACCUAGCUGAAGUGGUGAGCUCCAUCAGCUGCACUGUGGAGAUGCAGAUUGAUAAUGCCAAGCGCGCAUGGAAGGUCUCAACAGCCCCGCUGCGCAAGAUCCUCAAGGACAUGGUGAGGAGUGGGAAGACCCUGAAAUCUGAAACCCAAGAAGUUUCCAGCGCCUUCUCAAAGCUGAAUGACCAAGUGGCCAGCCAGGCAGGUUACGACAUGCGCUCUGUGAGGGAUGUGCUGCGGAAAGCCAACCCAUCCACACAGGAGGUGUACGAGGCAAAGACACGGAUGCGCUGCACUUCCAUAAUUGACCAAGCAAUCAAACGUUGCCAGACAUGGUUUGAAACCAAAUACCGGUCCUGCCUGCGUACCAUUGCUGUGCCUUUGGUCAGCCACCUGCUCUGCAUCCCCAUGAAGUUCAGCUUCCUCUGCCAGUUUGUCAAGAUCAUGUAUACUUGGUGCCGUGACAGGAUCCCUGUGGAAGGAAACUUUGGGCAGACCUAUGACCGGGUCAGCGGCUCUGUGGACAACUUAAACCAGGACUUCACAGCCACCUUAGCGAUCCAGGAAGAACAGCAGUCUAUGCUGGUUGGUGCCAACCUCACUGCCCACAAAUACCUGGUGGAUGAUGUCAAUGAAGAGCUGGCCCAGCACAGCAAGGGCGUUGGCACAGCCAUAUCCAUCUUUCGCGUCCUACUCUCCUGCACUUUUAUACUCAUCUUUGCUUCGGCUUUCUCCUAUACAAACAGUUACAACCAAGACAUCCGCUUUGACAAUCUGUAUAUAUCCCGAUAUUUCCGGCAGAUAGAUGCCCGGCGUCGGAAACAGAACAAACGCACGCUUCUGCCCUUGCGGCGCGCUGAGCAAAGUGGCGUCAUCGAUCCCCUCUAUCUCUCUUUCCAGUCGGCCGAGACCAAGGCUAUGAUGAGUGAGUUACUGGGCUGCAUGCCAGCUUUGGUUUUCCUGCUGAUCGCUGGUGCCCUCGACUUUCUCCUCUACACCAUCUUCAGCACCAUCCGGCACCAUUCCUUUGUAGAGUACUCUUUCCGCAGCAGUCACCACUUGGAGGUCAGAGUUGGUGGGAACACCAUGAUGGCACGACUCCUCCGGAGCACCAUCGGGGCCCUGAAUACUUCUUCGGAGAUGGUGAUGGAGGCCAACAACUUGCAGUGUUUACCGGAAGCACGUGGAAUGAGCCAACGCCAGUAUUUGAAGUGUGCCAUCCCGCUCUGUGCCCUGGUGCUGCUGUGUUUUGCACAAAUCUAUGCCUUCCGAAUCCGUCGUGUCAUUGCUGCUUUUUAUUUCCCCAAGCGAGAGAAGAAACGCACCCUUUUCCUCUAUAAUGAGAUGCUGCGGCAGCGCAUAGCCUUCAUCACGGUACAGCGGAAGCGCAUCAUCCUCCGCGUCCGUCAGCACAAAAGGCUGACUAAACCCCUCCUGGACCGAAUUGGCCACUGGUUCCCUUUCCUGAAACGCUUCCUCCGCCGGCGCUGCAUCCUCUGCAAUAUGCCUGAAUCCCGGAGGUCCCAACUCUGUCCGAAUCCAGAUUGUGGCACCCUCUACUGCCGACUCUGCUGGCAGGACAUGGGCCAGGUCUGUUUUGCCUGCAACCCUGACGCACUGCUUUCUGACGACAGCAGCAGUGAAGGGUCCAUGGGCUAUGCAGACUGAGGUGGCAUCCAGUGCACUGUGCCAGCUUUUGCUUGUUCUCUCCUUCCAUUAUUAAAAUAUUGUU